AUGCCCAUCCUACCUAGCACCGACUUGUCGAAGCGUCGUCGCUUCCAACCUCCUAUCACAACCUUCUUCACAUCUGCCUCGGAGCCAGUGUCUUCAGAUACACCUACAGUAUCGCAUCACCACCAUUACGCCGCAGAAACAUUCUCUGCUCACCCUGUCGUGCCUGCCAAAGUUCAAUCCUCACUUCUGUCCGUUGGAAUGCGAGUCCGGAAAUCUGUCGCAGAUGGUUAUAGAACCCACAUGUCCAACGCAGAACAAAAGGCCCCACUCCAUGCACCUGUCGCUCAGACCCCUAGCGCCCAACCUUACCAUGGCAGCAGACCUUCUGAGCUGCCGCCGUUUUCUGGGGCUGGUAAAUCCUCCUUCAGCCACGAUGACUACCUCGUCACCGACGAUGGUGACGAAUACUCAAUCCCAUCAAGCAGCCAGGACUCGACUGUGUCAUUGCCUUUGGGUGGUCAAAAGCGGGGCUUGGAAUUAGAUCGUGAUAUUCUUGUCGAUGAGGACGCUGAUGAAUCAUUCAACAAUUUCGGCGCACCCAUGCGCGAGAACUCAUAUGGACGAACCAUCUUGUCUCCAAACUUGGGCCAGAGCCGACGUAUUCUUGCUGUGCGUCAGACCAAGGUUGAACAGCCCACUAUGGAGAUGGAUGAUUUCGAGGAAGCUACGUUCCUCCGCCGGCGUGAGGAAGUUGAUGCAGAGGAUGUGCGGAUGUACGGUGCUUAG